AAGCCUAGACAUAACUUCCAAGAAACUCUCAAGGAAGUUGGAUUUUGAAAUUAAGGAAAAUACCCUUAGAAUUUUUAUUUUAUUGUUUUCUUUUUUUCUUGUUAUACAGGCAUAUUCAUUUUUUUAAAUACAUAUGUCCUUAUAAGUCAUGUUAGAAGAGAAAACUGAGAACAAAAAAGAAAAAAAAAAUUGACAGAAAAGAAGAAAAGGAAAAAACAGAAGCAAAGUUUUUAUCCUCUGAAGAUUGUGAAAUACUUUGUCAGUACCUUUGUGGAUGGUGUUAUUGAUGACCUGAUAGAGAAGAAUGUUUUGAGUUCAAAUGCAAUAAAAAAUUUAGAAAAAGAAUUGGCUAUAAUUAUGAACCAGGGUGAGGAUCUGAUUGGUACACUGGAUCAUAUAAUUCAAGGAAGUAAAAUUAUUACGAAGAAAUUGUUGCUUCCCCCAUUAGAAGCAAUUUCAAGAAAUCAAAGUGAAAACAAAGCUUUGGUUACUUCCCACCAGUCAAAGACAAUGGAUCAUAUUUUAUCAGUCCUUCAGAACAUAUGUGAUUCUCCAGAAUCCUUGCAAAGUUACCAAAAGAGACUCAGCAGCACCAUCAUUAAUUUCUUUAAGAAGCUUGAUAAUAAGGCAAUAAAGGCUCCUAUAGGUUCAAACGAGGUCAAACUUUGCAGACCAGAUUUCUACCAUGGGCUGAAGGAAGCAAAGGAGGGAGAGAUAUAUCCAAUAAUGGAGAAGGGGAACCGUGUACGUCUAGCUCUCAUUAUCUGUAAUAUUAUAUUUGACUACCUUGAUGAACGGCAUGGGGCUCACCUAGACAUUUGGGGAAUAUGGAAACUACUUGAAAACCUUGGAUAUAAUGUGGUUGUUAAAACAGGCCUUACAGCUCAGGAAAUGGAGUCAGUGUUGAAGGAAUUUGCUGAUCUCCCAGAUCAUUGGGCCUCAGACAGCACCUUCUUAGUGUUCAUGUCUCAUGGAGUAUUGAAUGGAAUCUGUGGAAAAUCACAUAAAAAGCAACAACCAGACCUACUAGAUACAGAUACUAUCUUCCAAAUUUUCAAUGAUGGUAACUGCCCUAGUCUAAAAGGUAAACCCAAGGUCAUCAUCAUCCAAGCAUGCCGAGGGGAGAAUCUUGGAAUCACAUAUGUGAUGGAUACGUCAGAGACUUUGACAGGCACACCUAGACAAACCUUACAAGAUUACUCAAGAAGUUACUCCCUGGAACAGAAACAUAUGGAGAAAGAUUUCAUUUUAUUUUGUUCUACGACACCACAUAAUGUUUCAUGGAGAGUUGAUAUAUUGGGUUCUGUCUUCAUCAAUGAACUCAUUUACUGCAUCCAAAAAUAUGCCUGGUGCUGUCACCUGGAGGAAGUUUUCCGCAAGGUCCAGAAAUCAUUUGAAAUUCCAAAGACCCAUGUCCAGAUGCCCACUAUAGAAAGGGUAUCCAUGUCAAGAGUUUUCUACCUCUUCCCAGGAAUAUAAAAUUAAGCAAUAAUACUAUCAAUUAUUAACAAUUCAGUUGAUUACACGUUUUGUAAUCAUGAAGAACUAUUAUUUCCAGAACAGCAUUUAUGGUUGCAGAAUUUUUUCAAACCACUUAUAUCAUUAUAUAAAGAAUGGUCACUUUCUCAAAAUUAUAAGAAUUAAGGCCAUACUUCAAUGUAUAAUUGGAGAAUUGGUCAAAGGAUAUAAACAAUGUUCUGAUAAAGAAACCAAAACCAUUUAUAGUCAUAUGGAAAAAUGCUCUAAAUCAUUAUUGAUUAGAGAAAUGCCAAUUAACACAAUUCUGAGGUGCCACUACACACCUCUCAGAUUGGCUAAGAUGACAGGAAAAAAUAAUGACAAAUAUUGAAGGUCAUGUGGGAAAACUGGGAUACUAGUACAUUGUUGAUGGAGUUGUGAACUGAUCCAACCAUUCUGGAGAGCAAUUUGGAACCAUGUGCAAAGGACUAUCAAACAGUUCAUAAUUUUUGAUCCCAUUGUUUUUCUACCUCUUCCAAGGAAUAUAGAAUUAAGCAAUAAACUAUGAAUUAUUAGUUGAUAAUAGUGAUAUAAUUAUCUCUAUUGAUAUAGAGAUCAAUAAAUAAUUAUUUAUUGAGAGAAAAUAAAAAAGGGAAAAGGAGCUACAUGUACAAAACCUUUUGUAGCAGCCCUUUUUGGAUUUGGAAAAAAAUUGGAAACUGAGUGUAUGCCCAUCAGUUGGAGAAUGGCUCCAUAAGUUAUGGUAUGUGAAUGUUAUAGAAUAUUAUUUUUCUCUAAGAAACAACAAGCAGAAUGAUUUCAGAGAGGCUUGGAGAGACACAUGAACUGAUGCUAAGUGAAGUGAGUAGAACCAGGAGAAUGUUGUUUAUAGCAACAGCAAGAUUAUAAAAUGAUCAAUUCUGAUGGACAUGGAUCUUUUCAACAGUGAGAUGAUUCAGGGCAAUUCUAAUGGUCUUGUGAUGAAGAGAGCCAUCUGCACCACCUAGAGAAAGGACUGUGGGAACUGAGUAUGGAAUACAACAUAGUAUUUUCAUUUUUUUGUUGGUCUUUGCUUGCGUUUUAUUUUCUUUCUUAUUUUUUUUCUUUUUGAUCUGAUUUUUCUUGUGAAGCAUAAUAAUUGUGGAAAUAUGUACAAAAGAAUUGCACAUGCUUAACAUAUAUUGAAUUACUUGCUGUCUAGAGGAGGAGAUUGGGAGAAGGGAGGGAAAAAUUGGAACACAAGAUUUUGCAAGGAUAAAUGUUGAAAAUUGUCUAUAUGUGUUUUGGAAAUUAAAAAAGCUUUAAUAAAAAAAAAAAAAAAAGGAAAAAA